AUGGUUGCUGACAUGAGGAGCAGAAUGAGUUUAUUUAUUGAUGGGUUGUCUGAAGGUAAGGCUGCAAUGUUAAUAUGUGACAUGGAUAUAGCAAGAUCUGGAAUAAUAUCUGUUGCGUUUGAUGGAGUUGGUUAUAGGUUAUGGAGACGAGGAAUGUUGCGUGCUUUGUCCGUUAAGAAUAAAAUGGGUUUCGUCAAUGGCAAGUGUAAAAAGCCAGCUCAAGAUGACCCUCGAGUCAACCAAUGGGAGAGAUGUGAUGACAUGGUCACCUCAUGGAUUUUGCAUUCACUUUCGAAAGACAUUGCUGAUAGCUUACAGUACGUAAACAAUGCUGCUGAACUUUGGCAGGAGCUGGAGGAUAGAUAUGAUCAAACUAAUGGUGCGAAGCUUUAUCAACUCCAAAAGGAAAUCAAUGAUUUGGUUCAGGGAUCCAUGGAUGUUACUACCUACUACACUAAGAUGAAAAGGCUAUGGGAGGAACUUGGAACUUUAGACAUUAGCAAUCAAUGCAAUUGUGUGUGUGUUUGUGGUGCCAAAACAACGAUACACAAGGCUGAAAAGGAUAGGAGAUUGAUACAAUUUCUAAUGGGGCUAAACGAGGUGUACACUGUUGUGAGGGGCAACAUCCUAAUGAUGAACCUUCUUCCAACUAUUGCUCAAGGAUUUUCGAUCCUAAUUCAAGAGGAAAAACAACGAGAGGUAAAGCGACGUUCUCAUUUGACUAUGGAGGGCACAUCACUGAAUGCUCAUGGAGAAAGUCAGUUCAGAACAAACUACAACACUCAAUACAACAACACAUGGAAUAGGUAUAGUCAACAAUCUGGCAACUUCCAACAGAAAGGUAGUUCUUCAGGCCUUCGAUUGUUUUGUGACUAUUGCAAAAGGCCAGGACACAUAAAGGAUAAGUGUUAUAGGUGA